GCGCUUUCGAAGGUAUUUUAAAAUUGUGAGGGUAUAUAGAGGCGAUAACAAACGUAUUUACCAUGUUAAGUGGGUCAAGAUUAGAGAAGAAUCAGGCAUAGAGAUAUAUUUUAAGGAAGGAUGGUCUAAUUUCGUGAAGGACAACGGUAUAAUGCUUGGUGAUAUACUUGAAUUGUUAUAUAUGGGUGAUGGGGCAUUCAAAGUACAUAUCUGGCGUGGUGGCCAAUACAUCCAUGACUUUGUUGAGAUAUCUUCUGAUUCUUCAGAAGACAUUGAGCAAAUUGAAAAUGAUGCUAAAAUAGAGGAGCCUACCCUCAACGAUGCUGAAAUGGAGGAGGUUAGCCACAACGAUGCUUGGUUGGAGGAGGAUAGUCUAUCAUUGCCCAAUGACAGGUGUAGCUGGAUACCUGACUUUGAAGUCAGAUACACGGGUCCAUACAGUGCAAUGGGAAGGAUGAAUGUGCCCCUGAAAUUUACAAGGAUCCACUUCAGUUUUUUUAGACACGAGAAUCCUGCUGAAAUCUGGGACAGAAACAAUAAAAUGUGGAAAGCAAAACUGUUUGUGAAGCGAGAUUCCAAUGGGAAAAUUGUCUUGUGCAACAUCAGGGGUCAAGGAGUUGAUGCAUGGUGUGAAGGUUAUGGCUGGGAAGAAGGUCAUUGUACUGUUGCUUCGAAAGAAUCCACUAGACUUCAAGGUCUCAAUCAAGUAGUACCAAAAUCAAACACUUCGGUUAUAUGGGGGGAAUUAAUCUUUGAACUAUUGUUUGUCAACAACUCUUUUGUUUCCAUUUUAUCUGACUUGUGUUGUAUCUAGGUCAGCUUAUGGGAUGUUGAAAAUAUUUCCUUAUGGCUUAUGUGUAUCAUGUAUGUGCUUGUUUAUGAAUUGUAUUUACUAACCUUUGAACAUUUUCAUAAGGUUACCUUUGAGAUAUUUUAGAACCCUUUUGGUUUUAAGAA